GCUUACGGCUCUCUCUAGCGUGUGCCCAGCCAGAGUGUGCCGCAGCGAGCGGCAAAUGGAUUUUCGGCCCCGAAGGUAUAAGACGUAAAUGUAACCCUCGCGCCUUUCGCGGUUUAUAAUCCGCGGGUGUCUCGUUCUAACAGUCUUACUCUCUCCCAUGUAUCGAGGAAGGAUCUACGUGGGAAUCGUGUGAGGGAGAUGAAGAGGAAGAAAAUAAAAAUAAAAAUAAAAACAAUCAACUAAUAGCAUUUGAGAUAACGCGAUUUUAGUUCGAGAACAAUUAAUGGAGCCUUAUUAUACUCUAAAUAGGUACUUAUGCGGACUAGACCUUCAAUUGGUCUUAGCUCAUUUUAUAUACCUAAGACCAAUUCCCACGAUCAUUCAUAUAAAGUCACUUUGACAAUGGCUGAGACAUCCACCUCAACCUCGACUUCGACUCCAGGCCCCGCAUCACCACUCCAAUCUCCAUUUCCACUACCUCGUAUCACCAUUCGAUUCUGUACACAAUGUAAAUGGAUGUUGAGAGCCGCAUACUUCGCGCAAGAGCUCCUCUCGACCUUCUCGACCUCCCUCGGCGAAGUAGCCCUGCAGCCCUCUACAGGCGGGACCUUCGUCGUCGAGAUAUUCUUCCAGCAGCCCAACAACGCCACCCAUUCCCCUCCCACCACACAGCAGCGCGUUCUCUGGGACCGCAAGACCGACGGCGGUUUCCCCGAGACCAAGGAACUGAAGCGGCGAGUCCGCGACGCCAUCGAGCCCGGCCGGGACCUAGGACACGUCGACAAGGACUACUCGUCUAGCAAAGCGAAGACCGGCGCGGCGCAGGCUCAGGCGCAGGCACAGGGGCAACAAGGUACAAGGGAAGGAGGGAUCGGAGCCGGAAAUGCACCCGCUGCUGCUCCGUCGAAAGCCGAGCACGAAAAUGCCCUCGGCUUAAAUACCCACCCGGGAGAAACCAUCGGCGGCCCCGCGUGCAAGCCGACGGCCGAGAGCACGCGGACGAACGCCGCCACGCAGGACGAGUGCGAGGACUGCAAAUAAACAUGCUUCAUACCUCCUACCUCCUACCUCUUACCUCCCACCUCCCGCCUAACCCUCCCUCCGUCCUCAUACCUUCACUGCCGCCACGUCUAGAUCUCCUGUGGAUUGCGCUGUACUAUACCACCGACGAGAGAAAAGGAGAGGACACCAUCUAAAAAGCCAACCAGCACGCCAGCCAGGUCUGCCAGGUAGGUGGGUGCGCGGGUGGCACAUAUCUGGGGUAACUGCAGGCCACCAUUAUUGGACGUCGGCAGAGCGGCACAUAUCAUCUAUAUUAUUGACCUACCUAACCUAGAUAGUUGCCGAGGUAAUGCACGAUGCGGCACGCAAG